UGUCAUUUAAAAGACUAACAAUCAUGAUAUGAUUAAAUACUUUCUUGUGGCUAUGGUUAUCCCAAAUAUUACUAUAUAAAAGCACAUUUAUUUUUGUAUAUGACUAAACAAAUUUUAACCAUGGGAAAAGUUCACCCCCAAGCACUAAUUUCCUCUACUACUUGCAAUAUUUUCACUUCAAAGCAAGAGACUUUCACCCUAUGGAUGAAAUCUCUAGUAUUGAAUGGAAAGGGAUGUACUGUCUUUGAUUCCAAUGGUCAAAUUGCAUAUAGAGUUGAUAACUACAAUUGUAGCCAUAGAAAUGAAGUCCAUCUCAUGGAUCAAAGAGGCAUGGUUUUGUUUACUAUACUUAAAAAGCAAUAUAAGUUGUCAAGGUUUUGGGAGGGUUACAAACUUCCUGCCACAAGGAAUAAUGACCAAAAGGGACCAUGCUUUAGAGUUUGUAAAAAUUAUAGCAUCUCUAGAUGGGAUUCAACUUAUGAAGUUGAACUUGGUUUGGACAAAAAUCAACCAUAUAAUUAUAAAAUAGAAAGUAGCACUUGCAAGUCAGCUUACAAAAUAUCCGACAAGUUUGGAGUCAUAGUUGCAGAGCUAAGGAGAAAGAAGUCAUCUUGUGGAGUUGAUUUAGGAGAUGAUGUUUUCACAAUGGUGGUGGAGCCAAAUAUUGAUCUUUCUCUAAUUAUGGGAGUUGUUGUAGCUUAUAGCCUUAUGAAAAGUAAAAUGUAAGUAUUUUGGAAGCAAAAGAGUGCACAACAAUGAUUGAAUCUUGAGGAAGCUAGCCCUUUAAUUUUGCUGGACCAAAUGUGUUGCUAAGCCCAGAUUCUAGUUUAAGCUUUGUAAAUGGCUUGUGGUGCUUGUUAUCUAACCAUGAUAUGAAUCUACUAUCCAAUCUCAAAAUGAAUUUGUUUAUAAAAUGUCUCUACAGCUUUUUAGUUGAAAAAUGAUUUCACUUGUAUUAUAAGAUUAAAUAUGGUUUUAAUCAUUGUAAAA